GCGAGAGAGCCGUGGACUCGGGAGAGCGUCCACUGCCAUCGGAGUGUGCGAGGAAACGGAUAGUGUAUCUAGUUCGCUUCGCAUCCCCGCUCGUGGCCCGAUAACCCGCCUCAGGUUGAAUCAUGGCGCGUACCAAGCAGACUGCCCGUAAGUCGACGGGAGGAAAGGCUCCCCGCAAGCAGCUCGCGACGAAGGCGGCCAGGAAGAGCGCUCCGUCCACCGGUGGCGUGAAGAAGCCGCAUCGUUACAGGCCCGGUACUGUGGCGCUUCGAGAAAUCCGAAGAUACCAGAAGUCGACCGAGCUGCUGAUCAGGAAGCUGCCGUUCCAGCGGCUGGUUCGUGAGAUCGCGCAGGACUUCAAGACCGACCUGCGCUUUCAGAGCGCCGCGAUCGGCGCCCUCCAGGAAGCGUCUGAGGCGUACCUCGUCGGCCUGUUCGAGGACACCAAUCUGUGCGCGAUCCACGCGAAGCGCGUGACGAUCAUGCCUAAGGACAUCCAGCUAGCCCGGCGAAUCCGCGGCGAGCGUGCUUAAGAGGGGACGCUAUGUAAAACUCGCAUACAUACCGUUCUCACUGCGACCAUUAUUAUUAUUAUUAUUAUUAAUUAUUAUUAUUAUUAAUUACCGUUUGCAAUCGUCGUGGAUGAAGCACUUUCAUUCCAAGCUCUAUAUAACUUUCGUUCUAUUCACGUAGAGACACGCGCCGUAGCGUUAAUCCCUCCCGGUGAUUAGUCCCGUCUUCUUCAAACAAACAUAGAUUUCGAUUGGACCUCGCGAAGAAUAUCGCGAGUCAGAGGCCAGUAUUCGGUGGUCGGUUCUUAUAUUCCAGACCGUCCCUGUGAGUAACGUUCUUAAGACUGUUGCAAGCCAAUCCUGUGCCGUGCAUCUUAAGAUGUUACUUAGGACGGUCUUGAGAUACGAACGGACAUGCGAAUGCCAGUCGAGGGCACUUUCAUCUUAUCUUCCUUUUUGUUUUCCCCGUUUCUUCGGAAUCUCGAACGGCGCUUAAAUAAACACGGCUUUUCGAUUCGCACACAUUUACGUAAUACCGGGCGGAUAUUCACACAGAUUUACGCGAUAUAUAUAUAUAUAUAAUUUACGCUGAGAGAGAGUUUUGUUAGAUGGUUUUGAUUAGAUAGCGUUCGUUAGCGUUUCUCUUCCUUCACCCUCUCUACUUCUCUUCUUUUUGUCGUCAUUAAUGUUACGCAUAACAAUGUCAUUAUAUCAUUAGUACUCGGAGAAAAAAAAAAAGAAAGCGUGCAUUAGAGUGUAAGACACCCUUCAUAGUGACCCGAUGUCGUGCUUAACGUAUUAGAUCUCUGUACUCUCAAGUUACAUAUGAUUCAUCAUUUUUGGUCACCUAAGCAUUGUGUAAAAAUUUGUGUAAAAAUAAAAACGCAUUUCGUAAAUAAAAAUCUCAAGUGCGCACGA